AUUUAACCUUCUUCUUCCUCCUCUUCAAACCCAGUAUAACCUACCUAUGUAUAAUCCUCUUUAGUCGUUGCCCCCUAGUUAUUAUUUAAUAUCUUCUAUCUCUCCACCCUAAUGCCAGUUGCAUGACCUAAAUCACCAAAUUCAUCUUUCUUGAUUUGCAAACAAAACUUUCACAUAGCUUUUUGAGCCAUGAACAACUUCGCGCCAAACACGGCCCUUAAUCUUGGUCUAUGCAGCAAUGAUGAGCUAAUAAUACUAGACCAAUCAUCAUUGAUCAAUUCCUCGUCGUCGUCUCCAACUCUGCUGCCGCUGUUAAAUAAUCCAUCGGAGCCACGGAUUUUCUCGUGCAAGUAUUGCCGGAGGAAGUUCUAUAAUUCACGAGCUCUAGGAGGUCACCAAAACGCCCACAAACUCGAGAGAACCUUAGCCAAGAAAAGUCUCGAGCUAAGCUCCGCAAUUCGGCCCCACCAUUUGGGUUCUAACCCCCGAUUAUCAUCAUCAUCUGGGCUGAUUAAUGCUAGUCAUUGGCAAGAUUCCGGUGUUGUUGUUGGGCUUUAUCAGAAUCAUCGUGGAUAUGGACGAUUUAGGACUGAAAUGAGCUCCGGGAGAAGGGAUCAGACGGAAAUUAUCAACCAAUGUUGGAAUGAUCAAGGAGGAUACAGUACUUCCGAAAUUGUUCAACCCGACUCCAGCCAGAUCGAUUUGACUUUAAGGUUGUGAAUUGUGAUAGUUUUCUGCUAUCAUGAAUUGUUCAUGAUCAGUGGUACUGAUCUGUUACUAUUGAUUUGGAUGAUAUCAAUUAACUCCCAAUAAAUAAAUAAUUCUAGCAGAAAAGUGGUGAUUUUCUAGUGUGUGGAAAGGUUGAAGAUACUAUAAAUGUUCAAAACCUAGGGUGAAAGUUUGUGAAACAAGGUUUCCAUAUGAGGAAAUUAAUCCUGAAGUCCUAAGCUAGGCAUGUAGAUUGGCGUAUUUGAAUUUGGCUCGUGGAUUUUCAAGGAUUAAUUUCAUUCCUGGUCAAAAGACGAAGAAAAGGAACUCAAAUUACCUCGGUGCAAACGUGUGGACAAUAACAUAGUGUGAUCUUGUUACUUUAAUUAAAAAAGAACUACCUCGAGCUAAAGAUAGUAAAUUAACAAGUGUGAUAUAUUAUUAGUCAAGUGAGAAAGGUACUCAAAUAUUGUUAUCGAUUGUAAUAUUAUUAAUUAAUAUUAAUUAAUAUUGUUGAAUUGUCGGAUAACAUAAAUUCAUUCAUUGCUGGAAUAUGUAAUAAGGGGUAGCAUUCCUGUGUC